UCGCCUGACCGGCGCCCUUGGGGUGCAUGGAAACGGCUGCUGCAGCCCGCGCGGCGGCGGCGGCGGCGGCGGCUGCCCCAUGGAGUGUUAUUACAUUGUCAUCAGCUCGGCGCACCUCAGCAAUGGGCACUUUCGCAACAUCAAGGGGGUUUUCCGAGGUCCGCUCAGCAAAAACGGCAACAAAACUCUGGAUUAUGCUGAAAAGGAGAAUACGAUAGCCAAGGCUCUCGAAGACCUGAAAGCCAACUUCUAUUGCGAACUUUGCGACAAACAGUACUACAAACACCAAGAGUUUGACAAUCACAUCAACUCCUAUGACCACGCUCACAAACAGAGACUCAAGGAGCUGAAACAGAGAGAGUUUGCCCGAAACGUAGCCUCCAAAUCAAGGAAGGAUGAAAGGAAGCAAGAAAAAGCCCUUCAACGCUUGCACAAGUUAGCCGAACUCAGAAAAGAAGCUGCAUGUGCUCCUGGGAGCGGCCCUAUGUUCAGAUCCACCACCGUCAUGGUCCGAGACAAUCUGAACGAAAUCCCUCCGCGUACUCUCUUUGACUCCGCUGAAAAGGAACAAGAAUUCAACUUUGCAUUGCUGCACAGCUCAAAGAGUACAGGCAAUGUCACAUCCGUUGCUUCUUUGUCACUGGCAAAUAACAGUCAGCCAGAGGUGAACCAGCUUGGGGAUCAGAUGCAGAGACUCCACGGACAUAAAGUGGCUUUCUCUUUUGCAUUUCCAAAGAAGGCAUCGGUCAAGCUUGAAUCAUCGGCUGCGGCUUUCUAUGAAUAUAAUGAUGAAGCGUCAACUGAACAUGGGCUGAACCGAAGAAGUCGGUUUGUUCCUGGGCCUUGCACCCUUCAGGUUUCGCCAGCUGAAGAAACAGUUCCUUGUUUAGAGGAGAAACCAAGCUCCAUUGCUCUGCUAACCGAGAAACAUGCUCAUGGUACAGUCUGUCCCCCAGCACAGGACUCGCAUGAAUCACCCAGUCAAGAGAACAUGGCCAAAGAAGUCGUACAUUUAAGACCCUCCUUUUCUCAUUCGAAAAGCCCGGAACUUGGCAGUUUGGAUAACAUUUCCAUUAAUGCAGAUUCAGUAGUUUUGCCAGAUGAAACACCAUCCAAAGUGACCCCUGGGAAUCCAGACCUAUCUGCAGAAACCAAUAGCGGUGAGCACAUAAGGAAUGACUGCACAGGUCUUCCUGUGAACGAAGAAUGUUCAUCAGAGCAUGAUGGCCAGGAGGACCAUGAUCAGAACAUCAGCAGUGAUUCGCCCACAGCAGAGGAUGAAAUUAAAAAGUGCUCUUCCAUUGGACAGGUUCCAACACAUUCUGAAGGGGAAACAGUCACUCCGCCUUGUAAGCAAAAUCCACAUAAAAGACCUUAUGAGCCAUUUGUCCCCGUGCUGAACAAAUUUGGGUCAACCAUUCUUCAGUGGCCAUCAGAGAUGCUCAUGUACACCAACACAGAGCCAUCUAUUUCUUAUAGCUGUAAUCCAUUAUGUUUUGACUUCAGGUCCUCAAGGCUGAAGGAAGGCCUGGAGAAAAGUAAGCGGCCAUUCCAUAUGCCAAGUUCUUCACCAAAGCCUGACUCUAGCCAGAGUUCAGUUUUAGACAGUACAGAUAAAUCCCUUUCAGUGACAGCUUCUUGUGCAACUGACAUUAAUGUGUGUCCGUGCGACAACGUAACAUUAGUUUUGCCAGAUGUUUCUUCUCCUGUGAGUUGUGAUCCAGAAAAGAACCAAGAUGCAUUAGAUGUGGGUACUGAGAAACAUGAAGCACUCUGCAGUUCUUUGAAAUGCCUACGAGAGAGCUCGUGUGCCCAUGAACAGCAGAACAAGGGCUGGGUCAAAAGAACACAUGAAAAGUGGCUUCAUAAAAACAGGAAAAGGAAAAGGAGGAGAAAGCUGUGCCAUCACCAUUACGAGGAAAUGACCGAGGCAGAGAAUGACACCCAUCCCAUCACUGAGCAGCGCAACGUUUGUGCUGUUAAUAAGCAUCAGAAGCUUCAUGACGCUCCAGAACAAGGUGUGGCUGAGAACGGAGUGGGAGGGCCCAUCGCAGAGCUUUUACAGCCAGCCCCUGAAACUCUUGAGGGUGAGAAGGGUGAGAAUAAUGGAACCAUAGCUCCAUCUAGCAACCAGCAGGACUACCAAACGCCCCACUCCGUUUGGCACACAAAGGCUUAUAGCAACUGUUGCAUGAAGGCUAACCAUCUCUGGAGAGGGAACAAGCCGGUUUCUCACAGGCAAUCAAGUAAAGCAGGACUGAGUUCUGGAAGGCAGGGCUCAGCUUAUUCCAGAACAUUCUGUAAGUGGAAUAUAAGAAGAUGUAGCAGUAGUUCAGUCCAUAAACAUCUGGCUCCUGAUGAAAAUCAAGCUGGAAAUCAAACACAGUCCAUCAAGAGGGCCUAUAAUUCUCUCACGGAUGAGCCAGAGCGAUCCUACAGAAAACGGAGACAUCACAUACCCUCUUGUUCAUCAGAUGAUAUCUCGCACACAGAGACCUGUCUUUCAGAAGAUAAUUCAAGGCAGACAUAUGGCUUAGCAGCACCGUGUAAACCUAAACGGAAACGAAGGAGAAAGAGAACACGAAUGCAUCUUGCGUUUAUAGAGAGGGCUUACAGAGACCUUUCCAGAAGGAGUAUCCAUGCCAAUGCUCCAGAAGAGGUCUCUGUGGCAAAUCAUUCUCCCAAACCAUUGACUGAAGGAAAUACGGAGCAAACAAAAAACCCUACCACCACUGACUAUGCAGGUAACAUGGAAAGAACAGUGCAAGCCUUAGAAAAUGAAACAUCCCCCCAAUCUGACUGUUUACUUUCCUUAGAAAACACCCCAGGAUCACAUGGUUCCAUUACAGAAAAUACUCCCCAUGUGGAACAACUGACAUAUUCGGCUUCUCCAGUUCCUGAACAUGGCAUUCUUGCAGCGAUGGAACCCAGGAACUUGCCAAAAGAGGGAGAAAUGCAUGAAAAUGUGAGUGCUCCUGAAAUCCAGGCUCCUAAUAAAGUGCCCACUCUUGAAAGAAACUUAGACCCACCUCCCUCAAAAGCAUACCUGUGCCAUUAUGAAGUGGCUGAAACAAUCCCCCAAGAGAAGCUAAAUCCGUCCGCCAAUGAGUGGUUGCGCUGUCACCCGGGCAUGUUUAAUACCCCACCGCCUUUGCCCUUUAAAGAAGCACAUAUGAACAGCCAUGCUUUUUUAACCACGGAACAAAUCCUUACCCCUUUCGCCUUGCCUGACCACGCACUACUUUUGCCCCCAGAAAACCACGACAAAUUCAAAGACUUGCCGGGUGAGGCCUACCACCAGAUUAUCCAGCAGAACAUGUUCACCAGUAAGAUGAAGCUGACGUUUCCUCCUGCUGCCCUCCAGCCUUCCAGCGCUCCUCUGCCACCCCUGUCCCUGCAUCAGCAGCCACUGUGUUCUACCUCCGUCACUACGAUCCAUCACACUGUCCUGCAGCAGCAUGCGGCGGCGGCGGCAGCAGCAGCAGCGGCAGCAAGCACCUUUAAGGUCCUUCAGCCUCACCAACAGUUCCUUUCUCAAGUCCCAACUCUUUCACGGACACCUUUGCCUCACUUCUCUGUUGGGCCGAGACUUUGUCCCGCAGGUCAUACGGCCCUUGUUGGCCCACCCCAGUUGCCGCUCAUCCCAGCCUCCGUUCUCCACCCGAGCCAUUUGGCUUUCUCCCCUCUGCCACACUCCCUCUUCCCUUCCCUCCUGUCCCCACACCCUGCUGUCAUUCCUUUGCAGCCUCUUUUCUAGGCCCCCGCAUUGUUAAAAAGGGGCAGUGAAGUUUGAAACGGACGACACGCCAACUUCGUUCGUCGGAGGUUAGGUGAAAUCUUUCAAGCGGGAGGCUAUGACGAAAAGGUCUCAAGAGCCUUCUGACCUGGGAACCCUUUGCCCGUUGGCCUAACAAUGCAAAUAUUUAUGUGUAAAGUGCAGAUUCAUAAUAAAAUUAAAGCACUGAGGUAGUCUAAUAUGAAUACAGUCUCUAUAUAUAGGUAUAGAUAUGUACGUAUGUAAGAAGCUAAUGUCUUAAAUAUGUUAACAUGUAUAUAAAAUAUAUUUAUAGUACUAUAAGUUAUGUUGUAAAGUAUGCUCCUGGAUUUUUUUUAACGAUUAUAUUUGUGUAUUUGCACCUAAGUAAUGUUUAGAC